UCAGCCGUUGCGCUUUCCAUUCGGUACCUUCGUUCUCCAAAAACAAUGAUCUCGUUCAUCAAAGCAACUAUUCUCGUUGGGCUUGUGGCCUUUCUGGCUUGCCAAAACUCGCAAGUGGGAGCUGCAUCAUCCCUAAUGCCAAACGUGUGUAACGCAGGGGAGGAAACUGCAAUGCCGUGCGUAUGCUGCAAGAAGGCAUGCUGGUUUGGAAUAGCCGAGAUGACAACGGCUUACUUUGGUCACAUGCCUGGAGAGAGAAGCGAUGCAGAGGCAAAAUUCACAUUGGCCAUGAUGAAUCAAUGCUUUAAAUUGGAAUGUAACGAAACCUGUGCAACUGCCCAUUGAGUUCCGACAUCAGGUGUCAGCAAAUAGUUGUACAAAAUCAACUCAGAGAACUUUUCAAUCUAAUUUUCUUCAACCCCAAUCAAUUCAUCGUUAGUCAAUGCCAAUCCAAACCAUAUGAGAGACUUCAAAAUAAAUAAGAGAGACGUACCGCCUGUUA